AUGUCUUUCGACGCAGCAGCCCUCGAGGCCGCCGACCUGCGCACCAUGACCAGGUCGCCUACCCUGCCUGAACGUGAAAGUGGUCUGCGUCGCAUUAGACAGUCCAACCACCGCCAACCCACUUCACCUCAACUACAAACCUCGCGCUCACCUUCGCUGAACAUCAAUAUUCCGUCCCAGCCGCUGCCUGCUUCCUUGCCCUCAGGCCCCUCGUCGCCCACGCUGCCGUUUGGCGAGGACCUCAGCCGAUUCCCUUCCGAGUCUUUGCAUUCCUUCUCCUUCGCACACCAGUCCGAGACGUCGAUACACGACCGCCAGAUGAUACUCAAGAGAUCGGUCGACUUCAUGAAGGACAGACCGGGGUGGGGCUCGUCGAAUCCUGCCAUCUUGAACGCUCAAGCAAAGGUCACAGGAGAUCACGAAGCACAAAGCAUGAUGGAACUGCUAGCCCGCGCAAACCUGCUAGGCACCGAUGGCAACUCGUUGCUAGCCCCGGGUCUGGGUAUAAUGGGAGCUCCGCUCACUGGUCCCGCCGACCUCUCAGCCGACAACAUUUUUGAGAAGAGCUUCACCGCCCCAAUCAGCGAAAGUCCAAAGGACUUCGAUGAUGACCUAGUCAUGUCGCCCACCUCUGCUAAGUUUGUCAAGCCAGCUGAAGAGAAGGAGUUACUGCAACCUGAGGUUAAGCGCGUAGCGCUGAAGCGCACUUAUACCGAUACGAGUGGUCUGAGCCUGCAGCAUCGCCUUGCAGAUGCUCUAGCCACGCCUUACCAUGCUGCUGAUGUAACCCGCCGUGCAGAAGCUCUUACGCCUAGCCGUGUCCCAUCAGGAUUGCAGACCUCCAAACAAUCUGCUGCUGCCCAAGCCAUCUUCACCACCGACGCGCGCGCCCCUUGGACCAUCACAGCUGCGAACGAUUUGGCCUGUCUGGUCUUUGGCGUUACCCGUGCUGAAGUGCGCAAGAUGGGCAUUAUGGAGGUCAUCCGUCCAGAGCGACGCAAAUGGCUCGAGAACAAAUUGAGACAGCCCGACUCGGACCUACACGCCCAAGCCAACAAGUCGCCCAACCACAGCCCGUCAAAUUUAGCUCUCGCAAAAGGCAACGGUGUAACAGCUAAACUACUGAACAAGCCCCCUGCUCGCCAGACUUACCAGAGCAGACGUUCAAAAACCGUCAACGGUAUCGAUUCGGCUCCGACGACGCGCCGCGCUGUCCCCAAUUCUUCGCAAAAAUCACGCGGUGUACUACUGUGUGGCGAUGUCGUCCCUAUUCAGAAGCGUAACGGUGACAUCGGAUCUGCCAGUCUAUGGGUGAAAGAGAAGCAGGGCGGUCUGAUUUGGGUGCUCGAAGAAAUCGCCGAGGACGUUGCAUACAUCACAGUCGAUGAGAUUGGCUGUGUCGAGAAAGGUGUCGGUGACUUGGAAUCCAUUUGGGGCAUCGAGAGGGUGCGUAGGGGCACAGAUAUUAGGAAACUGGUUCCCGAACUACCGAAACUGGCCGGCACGAAUACUGGUAUGCUGGACUUGGAUCAAAUCGCCACGAUACGUCGUUACACCGCUCGCACAGCAAACAGCAUCAGCGUCCCGAUUACAGUUGACCAGCUCUCUGGUCAAUCAACUUUGCGUAUUUCCAGCUUCCCUCAUAUUGCGGGAAUUCUGGUCCUGAAUCCCGACACUUUGAAGAUCGCCAGCUCAAACAACGUCUUCUCGGCCUCUCUUUUCGGCCACGAUGCUCCUGACGGCCUUCCCAUUACUGACUUGAUACCCUAUUUCGACAGUAUACUUCAUCUUUUGACCGACGAGGACAAGAUCCGCUUGGUUGACGGCCUUGUCAUUCCAGAGCACAGUUUCAGGAAAGCCCGCGCUCUUCUGGCCCUUCGUGAAGGCCGUGCAGAUGCCGCUUCGAUCUUCCUCAAGCCCAGCGGUCUACCCGCGAAACACAGAGACGGUUCUGAUAUUAUGAUUGACGUACAGAUGCGCGUCGUUAAGAGCGAUCGCCAUAAUCCAGACUCGUUGCCCGCGUCUGAGGUGGUUUACGCUUUAUGGAUCACGUACUCGAGACAGCUUCAUGCGGUCAACCACGGCGUUGGUCCUGUUCCAGUACCUAAGCCCUCGAGCUCGAGCGGAGACCAGGACAGCGAAGACUCUAGCAGCGAUAAAGGCAGCGUGACAAAGGCAAAGGUCGACACUCCUUCACUGAUCACCCAAGGGACACCACUGCUUACGAGCGAACCUUUCGAGCAUCCAUCACCUGCUGCGGUCAAAGCCGGUGCAACCACUAUCAAGAAGAAGACCAUCGCCGAUUUCCUUAUUCUUGAAGAGAUGGGACAAGGAGCAUAUGGUCAGGUGAAGCUUGCGAGGUAUAAGAAAGCCAAUGCACAGAAGAUGUGCAUCAAGUAUGUCACCAAAAGGCGCAUUCUCGUCGAUACGUGGACUAGAGAUCGACGUCUCGGCACGGUACCAUUGGAAAUUCACGUUCUGGACUAUUUACGACGAGAUGAUUUGCAACACCCCAACAUUGUCGAGAUGGCCGACUUUUUCGAAGACGAUAUCAACUAUUACAUCGAGAUGAUUCCGCAUGGUCUGCCGGGUAUGGACUUGUUUGACUACAUCGAGCUUCGCGUAAACAUGGAGGAGAAAGAGUGUCGAAAGAUCUUCGUCCAAGUCGCAAAUGCCUUGCACCACUUGCACAUCAAGGCCAAGGUCGUGCACCGAGACAUCAAAGACGAGAAUGUUAUCCUCGAUGGAGAUGGUGCGGUCAAGCUUGUGGAUUUCGGCAGUGCGGCAUACAUCAAGUCAGGCCCCUUCGACGUCUUCGUCGGCACUAUCGACUACGCAGCACCUGAGGUCCUGCGUGGUAGUCCUUACCGAGGCAAAGAACAAGACGUCUGGGCGCUCGGUAUUCUGCUAUACACAAUCGUGUAUAAGGAGAAUCCAUUCUACAGCAUCGACGAGAUUAUGGAUCACGACUUGCGUGUGCCGUAUGUCAUGAGCGAAGACUGCAUUGACCUCAUCCGCAAGAUGCUGGACCGCGACGUUGAGAGGCGUAUCGGCAUUCAAGCUGUUCUUGACCACCCGUGGUGUACAUACGUCGACCCAGAGGAUGACUAA